AUGCGUCGAGUUUCAACAUUUAGUUUGAUAUAUAAUCCAGUUUUUCCACCACAACCAACCAACCAACAACAAAUUUGGAGUUUUUUUUUUCAACAAUUAAUAAUGACAAUCUCGAAUUCCAAUUUAUUCAAACCCAUUAAAGUCAGUAAUAAGACUAUCAAAAACAGAAUCGCACAUUUGCCAACCACCAGAAAUCGUGCUACAGAUGAUCACGUACCCACAGACUUAAUGAAAAAGUAUUAUACCGAUCGUGCUAAAAGUGGAUCUCUAUUGAUUACAGAAGCGACCUUAAUAUCAUUAGAUCAAGGGAUUUACUCUAACGUUCCAGGAAUUUGGAAUAAACAACAAAAGGAUGCUUGGAAAGAAAUCACCGACUCAGUUCAUUCUGUUGGCGGCACCAUAGCCAUCCAGUUAUGGGCUUUAGGUAGAGUUGGUAAUGCCAAGUUGUUGAAAGAUGAAGGAUUACCAUUAACUGGAGUAAGUCCAAUUUAUGAAAACGAAAAGGCUGAACAAGAUGCGAUUGAAGCUGGCAAUCCAAUUCAAGAAUUGACUCAAGAUCAAAUCAAAGAUAUCAUUUAUAACCAAUUUGCCAAAGCAGUUAAAUUAGCUGAUGAGGCAGGUUUUGAUUUUAUUGAAUUGCACGGUGCCAAUGGUUAUUUGUUUGAGCAAUUUGUUCAUCCAGGAACCAACAAGAGAACUGACAAAUAUGGUGGGUCAAUUGAAAACAGGGCCAGAUUUUUAUUCGAGGUUGUUGACCAUGUUUCCACAAUUGUCGAUCCUGCCAAAUUGGCCAUCAGAUUGUCACCUUUAAACAAGUUUCAGGUGCCAUUCAUAAACCCAGAAGGGCAACAAGACUACUCUUACAUUGUCGAAGGCUUACAGAGAAGAGCAGAUGAAGGAAAAGGUUUCGCAUUCAUUGAUGUGGUUGAAGGACGUUUCACAUCUGAUGGAGGUACUGAGGGUUGUAAUGUAGAUUUUGUUAGGGAAAUUUGGAAAGGUCCAUUGUUGAGAGGAGGUAACUAUACUUACGACAGAAAGAACGAUUGGAAGACUAUUGAGAAUGAUGCCAACGCAGAUGACAGAACAUUGGUUGGAUUUGGUAGAUAUUUCAUUGCCAACCCGGAUUUACCUGAUAGGAUUAAAAAGGGUAAUGAAUUGAAUGAUUAUGAUAGAUCAACAUUUUACAAUAAAGAUGAUUAUGGUUAUAACACCUAUCCAUUUUAUGGAGAAGAAAGCAAGGCUGACCCUAAUGUUAAGGUGUUAGGGGUACCUUUAGCUUAG